UCCUCCUCCGUGUCAUCGUUCUCAUCAGCGUCAUCAUCAUCAUCAUCAUCAUCUUUUUUUUAGCACCAUCGAUCGAUUUCGAUCGAAAGAGGGCGAUCGCGAUAAUAUCUCCGCUUACCUUUUUCGGAGCACCGAUCGUCGUAGCUCUCCGAUCUGUAUAGAAGUUCGUUCGGUUCGCAGUUUGUUUUAAUCCGAAUUAUAUUCUUGCGGUUUAAUCGAUCUUAAUUGGAUCGUCAUUUUUGUUUUGAUCUCACUAGUUUAGGUAAUUAAUCGCGUUAUAUGGUCCGCGAUUUGCUCUCUCUCUCUCUCUCUCUCUAUAUAUAUAUAUAUAUAUAAGGUUGUUUAAUCACUCGAUCUUACGAUAUGAUCCACUGGAUUAUAUUUAGAUUUUCGGGAAAAGGUUGCUUAAAAUCGUUGAUUAGGAAUUAGAAGUUUUCUUACUACUUAACUUUUCUGUUUAUUAUUAUUAUUAUUAUUCUUACGUUGUUGUGUUGGAUGCGCGCUUAUUACUGUAGAAUCCGUAAAUUUAUAUGCUAAUUUUCUUUUGUUUGUUCAUCCUUUUUCAUUAGUCUUCAAAUUUCGACUUGUAAUCAUAUUUGAUCGGUUGAUGCUUCUUUAUUGCUGUAAAUGCUGCUGCUGUUUUGCAAAUUUUAUGUGUUGAAUUCCUAAUUGUCCUGUCUUGCUUCUGACGCUAUGUUUUCAGCGUCUUAAGUUUGAAAUGUUCAUUUGUUUAUGCUUUUCGUCUAUGAUGAUGCUAUGUCUUGUCUUGCUUUUGACUUGUCGAAUUCAUAAUUGUUGAGUUAUGACUACGGAACGCGUUCUGUUGCACGAUCUGUUAGCGAAUGAGUGAUCUAUGUAUAAUUUGUUUGGAAGUGCAAAUUAUAUUGAAGUGAUCUCAACGAUGUUCUUAUUAGCUAUUCUGUGUAGCCAACAGUGACAGCUAAAAGAACUGUGGCGUUUUAUCGUCUUUAGGAUUUUGUGCUGCACUAAUAAUAAUGCUCAAGUGCUGUGGUUUAGACAUUUUAGGCAUCCGAAUCGUCCGUAAGGAAUUUGAGUGCGAUUCUGUGCGAGCUAGAAGUCCUGCUUGUUGUUUUAUUUAUGCUGCCUCAUCAGGAAGACACAGAGACGGUUGUAUUGCUUUAUGUUCUUCCUGCGGCUAUAGGAUAGGAUUACUUUCUUAAAACUUUUCAGCAGCAAUCUAAGUUAUUGCUUAUUGAGACUUGAUUUACUUUUACAUUGAUAUUUUAUCUUUACGUUGCCAACUGAGACUUGGUUCACUUUUUCUCGGUUGUUGGAAAUUGAUUAUUAGAAUGCGAUGUAUUAUUUGAUAGUCUGUUUUGACAAGCGGAAUGAGCUUACCGAUGUUGAGUUGAGAUUUUCUCAACUGUAAAAUUACAUAAAACUGAAACAGUUCGCAAUUGACCCAAUUAUGUUGAUUUCGGCUCUAGAAUACACAGAUAAUGUCCACUAUUCUCAGUUGCAGCUGUUGAGCAUCUUUCUGGUUGCAAUAGUUCACUCUUUCUUUCGUCAUUCCAUCCUCAUUCUGUGAAAACCUCUAGAUUUGGAAAAUCACUUGUGUACGGAAUCCUUUUGAUUUGUAAUUAUCUCCAAAGUGGUUUGUAAGUUCCAGCUUUGUGGAAAAUAUUGCUUGAAAUCCAAUAAUGUUAUAAUUAUAUGCAUUUUGGUGUAUUGUUCAUCUUUUCUGGUGGGCAGCAAGACCAGAAAACCACGUGCAGGAUUACUUUGCAACUUGGUACCUGGUUGGGAUCAGGAUAUUAAUGGCUAUCCAUUUUAUAAGUAGGAAAAAGGUAGUUUAAUCUCCCAAAUUGCCUAGCUGCAAUACAUUAGGUAAACAGGUGAUAGGCAGGAAAACAAGGAGGGACCCAUACGCAUCUGAAGGAUACCCUUAUUGGAGAAGUGAAAGAUGGUAGAUUUUUUUAAUAAAAUGUAUAAGAAAAGUUCUAUGGAGGGGGUUGAAGAUGAAGCUGUGAACGACUGGCUAAGAACCUUGGACGGAUCUGUUGCUGGUGCACCACUUUGUUCAAUUUGCUUUCGGACUUCUUCAAGGGAGAAAGCGAUCAGUUAAUUAGUCAUUACUUACAAAGCUCGUGAUUCAGAAGUCUUUUCAGUGCAGCUUAAUAUUAAUUCUGUAGCUGUGCUUGUUCUGAUGAAUCAAUCUAUGGGAGUUGUGCUGAUUGGAGCUGUUCAACGUUGCUUGGCUUUUGUGCUUGAUAUAAUUUGGUCUUCAGCAGUAAUGGACAAUCCGAGAUUGGGUGUCUCCCUGCAUUCUGUAUUCAGAGCCAUUCUGCUAAAUGUCUUCAUAUUUGCAGGUGCAUUUGUUGUAUUUGCGCUGCCAAAGUAACUUUUGUAGCAAGACAUCAGUCAUUAAAUGGAGGCUGUGGUCAGUCAAUCUGAGCGACCUGUUGACCACCACGGGUCAAUAGGGAACGAGAAUAAAACUCAGGCCCCAUGCUCAAUAUUGGCCAAGCAGAAUGAUACAACGGCAGAAGUUGCAAAUGGUUUGAACUCUUUUGGCAGGGAACGACUAGAUGAAGGACUAAUGCAGUAUGGAUGUUCACAUUACCGACGAAGAUGCCGGAUCCGAGCUCCCUGUUGUAAUGAGAUAUUUGAUUGUCGACACUGCCACAAUGAAGCAAAAAACUCAAUUAAUGUGGAUAGGAGGAAGAGACAUGACAUGCCUCGUCAACAACUGCAGCAGGUUAUAUGUUCAUUGUGUGGUACUGAACAAGAGGUACGACAAGUAUGCAUCAACUGCGGUGUAUGCAUGGGGAAGUACUUCUGUGCAACAUGCAAGUUGUUCGAUGAUGAUGUAUCAAAGCAACAGUACCAUUGCAACGGCUGUGGAAUCUGCAGGAUUGGUGGUCGGGAGAACUUUUUCCAUUGCUAUAGAUGCGGCUGCUGCUACUCAACUAUACUGAAAAACAGCCACGCAUGUGUUGAAGGAGCAAUGCAUCAUGAUUGCCCUGUAUGUUUUGAGUAUCUUUUCGAAUCCCGAUACGAUGUGUCAGUUUUGCCGUGUGGUCACACCAUUCACGUGCAUUGCUUGAAGGAAAUGCGAGAACACUUGCAGUAUGCGUGUCCUCUUUGUUCCAAAUCUGUGUGUGACAUGUCGAAAGUAUGGGAAAAGUUGGACAUGGAGAUAGCAGCCACACCAAUGCCUGAAUCUUUUCAAAAUAAAAUGGUACGCAUACUGUGCAAUGACUGUGGUGCAACGUCGCAGGUCCAGUUCCAUGUGGUCGCCCAGAAAUGCCAGAAGUGCAAAUCGUACAAUACCCGUCAGACCUAGCGCGUAGGGGAAUCAGUAUUUAGCCAAAUCAAAAUGUGGCUGUUGUUGUUGUUCUGUCGUAGCCUUGUUGGCUAUUUGGGCAAAUGAAAAUGUGGUUGUACUGUUGCGUUCUUUUUGUAGUGUUGUUGGCUAUCUGCUAUCGAUUUAUUUGUGCAAGGUUGUCAUCUUCCGUAGCUAACCAUUGAAA